AAUAGCCGCCAGACCUCUGCUGAUGUCCACCUCGUGAUAAGCCUAGAAGAAGCUAGCUAUACCACAAGCAUAACGUCAAGCGCCCUGAAUUAUCAAAUGGUCGUAGAUAUCAUUCGUAUCAUGAAGGGGAGUAUAUUCUGGUGCGUGGAAUCCCAAUAUAUCAUCGGCUGGCCCAACGACGAACAGGAACAAGAUCGACUUGACCUGGUCAGUGCUCACCAGUAUCGUGAAAUUGGCUCGCUCAAAGAUUGA